GUUCGUGUCCCAUCCUCUGCCCUCACCCAAAAUGGCCGCGGCCGCGUCCGUCCAUCCCUGAGGCGGGACCAGCGCUGAGGGCGCGGAACGCGGAGGCGGCCGCGGGUCCCUUUAGAACGCGGCUGGAGCCCGGGCAGUGAGGUUUCAUGAGUCAAACUGGGCUGUUGGGAGUUUCUUUUGAAGAUGUACAUGUUGGUUGAAAAACGCACAAAUUCCCAUCUUCAUCUAAAGAGGUCACCUGGCAUCCGAUCCUGGUCUCUCUGUGUUGGAAUAGCCUCCAUAGGUUUGGCUGCUGCUUAUUACAGUGCAGACAGCUUGGCAUGGAAGCUCUUCUACAUGGCCGGGUGUUUCUUUGUGGCAGCCCAGAAUCUGGAGCAGUGGGAGGAAGCUGUAUUUGAUAAGAACAAGGGAACAAUCUGCCUAAAAACAUUCAACCUCUACAAAAAAAUACUGACUUUGUCAAAAGGAGGCAAUGAACAAGUGGUGGCUGUGCUGAACGAGAUCCGCGAUGUGAACGUGGAGGAGGAGACCGUGCGCUAUUUCGGGAAGGGUUACCUGGUUGUGCUGCGCUUUGUCACUGGAUUCUCACACCCGCUCACCCAGAGUGCAGUGCUGGGCUGCAGAAGUGAUGUGGAAGCAGUUGCCAAACUCAUUACGAGUUUUCUGGAACUGGACAGAGUAGAGACCCCACAAGAUUUCUCCCAGAGCAGCGAAACAGAGGCAAGUGAUGCAGAUGAACCACAGGUUAAAUAGUGAUGGUCAUUGUGAACUGAAGCAAGCAGAGGCUUUCGCACAUCUGGAAAAUAUUCUAAUAGUUCUUCAGGAAAAGAAAUCCUUCACAACCUUGACCUGGGCAUUUCUCAACAUGUGCAUUUUCAAUGAGUGGAAUCUGUCUUAGGGCACACUGUUUAGUGCUAAACUGCUUCAGGACCCUGCAUGUGGACACUGCUGGCUUUUGAACUUUGUCAGCUUAUCAAACUUGUCUAGGAAUAGUUAUUUAUUAAUGAAUCAGUUUGAAAUAAUUGCUUUUCCAUUAAUGAAGUGAAGAUACAGAUGUGAACUUCUGCUUACUGCAAACAUUUGCUGCAGGUACGGUAUAUGCAACGGUAGAAGAGUUGAAUUUGUAACUCAUAACACAAUACUUUGAGGUUUCCCUUUCAAUAUAUGCAAUUAGGAGAUGCAGAGUAGUGGCACUUUUAUGUUCUCUACUACUGACUUGCCACUGGGUAUCUGUGGAAAUUAAAGUCUGAGUACCUCUCUUGGAAUUCUAAACAUCAGGUUGAUCAACCUGUAACGGUGUCUUAUCUCAGAUUCACCAAGAAGCCAUAAAUAGCGAAGGAAUAAUGAUCAUGAUGAGACAUAUUUAGGAUGUUCUACCUUAAUCUUGUUCUGCUUAAUUUCUGGGCAGGAAAGAACAAUCUUUUUCUCAACCUCAAUGUUUACUUUUUAAGCUGUGUAUUUAGAAAGGAAGAAGGGACAUGUAUUACUUUAGGUAGGGAGAAGACUGAUGUCAAACAAGGUGGUAGCCUAGAGUUGUUGAGUAUUUCCUCACUUGAAAUGAUACCGAAGUGCUAAAUAAUAACUUUUUUAAGGUAGCUGGCAUAGAUUAAAUGUUUGACUUGUACCUGUUUUA